GUUAUGCUGCCUGCAGCAGCGGACACACACACGGCUCCAGCGCAGGACGUGCGCUUUGUUUGGCUCCCGCACGUCCCACUGUCACUUCUGUUUUUUUUGCCGCGGUGGCCGCUCCUCCUCGCUGACAUCUGCGCGCUGUUUUUUUGAGAGGACUGAACGCUCUUAGUAAUAACAAAAAAAAAAGAAAAAAAGAAAAGAAAAGAAAAAAAAAAGAAAGAAAAUGGGAAUUUAAUGGUGGACCGUCUCGCAGCCUGCGCACAGCCAGGACGGAGCGCGCUUGGUAAUGUUCGCCAAGGAAUAACACGGUGAAGCCGAGAGCGCACUUCCAUCUCGUUUCCAUGGACAACACGUCCAUAAUAACACAGGUUGCAAAUCCGAAAGAGGAGGAGAGCAUUUCUUCAGGUCAAGAUAAAGUCUCCCAGUCCAACAGCAGUCUAAAGAAGCACCGGAGUCGGAGUAUUUUCAGCCCCUUCUUUUGCUGCUUCCGCAACUACAAUGACUACCACGUGGAGCCACCACCCACCAACAACAAGGCACUGUCUCUGCCCCCUCCGCCAGAAGAGAAUGGCAGUCCUCCCAAGGUCGAGGCCAUUCCUACACCCAGUCCUCCAGCCAAGUUCCUUCUCCCGGAUGUCAGUAUAGAAGACUAUGGCAGGAACUGUGUGGUGAUCGACCUGGAUGAAACCCUUGUACAUAGCUCCUUUAAGCCCAUCAGCAAUGCAGACUUCAUCGUUCCAGUGGAGAUUGAUGGCACUGUUCAUCAGGUAAUGCUGAAAAGAUAUGGAGGACUUCCAGAAGUGUACGUGUUGAAGAGGCCUCAUGUAGAUGAAUUCCUACAGAAGAUGGGGGAGUUGUUUGAAUGUGUCCUCUUCACAGCUAGUUUAGCCAAGUAUGCUGACCCCGUGGCAGACCUGCUGGACCAGUGGGGGGUUUUUCGUGCACGGCUCUUCAGGGAAUCCUGUGUUUUCCACAGAGGAAACUACGUCAAAGACCUCAGCCUGCUGGGCCGUAAGCUCAGCAAAGUCAUCAUAAUAGACAACUCACCUGCCUCCUACAUCUUCCACCCUGAGAACGCAGUCCCAGUCCAGUCCUGGUUUGACGACAUGACAGACACGGAGCUGCUGGAUCUCAUCCCUCUGCUUGAAGGCCUCAGUAAAGAGGAGGACGUUUACAGUCCCUUACAGACUUUAAGAAACAGGUAGCAGAUGGCAGUUCCAGCUGGUCUUUUCCUGCUUUGUCCCUGCUGAGCAGAUGCCUCACCUUGCUGCAACGACCCUGCAGCUCCACUCCCGUCCCAGAACCAGCUCUGCUGCCACUCUCAAGAUGUCAGUCAGAUGAUCUGGGUAUAACCUAAACAACUGGACCGAAUGGAUUCUUACCAUCUUAUCGUCUGUGGACUCUUUGUACAGGACUCUUACUGAAAAAGAUUAUAUUACUGUAUGUACAUACUAAAUGUUUCUAAGAACAAGACAUACAUAAAGUAAUUUUUCUAUCUGAGAGAGGCAGUUUUACAAUUCUAUCAAGAUUCUAUCAAGUAAUAUUUUAGUUACCAAAAACAAUCAAGUUCACUUGUUUUUUGUUCCAGGAAUGGACAAAAGUUGUUUUACUUGUGUUGAGCGGCACUAUGCAGGCCGGUGUUUCUUGUCUGACUUUUUUUCGUUCAAACAACUGUGAUUUACCUUCUCUUACAGAAUGAAGUGCCUUCAUUACUGUGCAGAUUUUGUUGUGUCGGUUUAUUAGGUGCACAUUUUUAUGCUGCGUAUUUACUCAGAUCUCUAAAAGUGUACUAAGUGAGUCGAAAAAAAAAGAGGAAGAAAAAAAACUGAAGUUGGAAAUGAGUCAUUGGUGAAUCUCAGCGACUAAUUCUUUGAAAUGUGUUUAACUAACCUGCUAAACCUGGUUGAGUUUAUGAUUUAGAGCUAAGUAGCACUGAUUUGUUAAAUUAACCAAACAUUUUUACAAAAUAGUGUGAUUUGUGGCUGAAUUACAUAAUUUAAUCCUUGACAGUGACUGUAAAUUGACGAUCCUCGGAGACACUGAAAUCCUACUUUAUUUUUGGAAAAAACAAAAAGAAAAAAACAGUAAAUGUUUGUGGCGAGAUCACUGUCUACUGAUAAAUGUUGAACUUGUAAGGAAAGUUAGAGAAUUAACAACAAAAAAACCAUUAGCUUAGGUUCUAUUUAUUGGGGAAAAGGGUGCCGGGUGCUUUGUAAAGAAUGCUGUUUAAAUCGUACUGUACCACAUGAUUAAAGUUGCAAGUUUGCACACUG